ACAGUAGUGGAGCAGAGCGUCGUUUGAACCGGAGGUCUUAGCCUCUCCUUGAAGCCCGCUAGAGCUGACCAGAGAAAACAUACAAUUAUGUUUCCCGGUGGACAUGGACUAAGCGACCCUGAAGAACUUGAAAGCACACCAACUGAGGAAGAACAUCUAACAGUUUAUUCUUUUGAUGAUGACUUUCAGCACCCCAGUGUUUCACAACAGAGUAACAUUGAAGAACUGAGUUCAACAUCUGAUUCACAAGGGAGAAGUCCUAUAGAACUGUUUUCAGAUCCGGGGGAAAAAGUAGAAGUCAUUCUUGGAAAAAUUGGAGUUGACAUUAACCGUGCCCUUAAUGCUAAGAGGCAAAGAAUGGAGACAACUUCUAGACAAACUUUUGAAGGAGUUGAGCAGAAAAUGAAAGAAGUUUGGAACUCACAUGAAGAUGCAAUGGCACAGCUUAAUGAAGAGUCUGCUCAGGCAUUUGCAAAUCUGUUUGAGCAAUGGAAUGAGGAUUUUAAGAAAUUUCAAGAACAACAUAAGAAACUCGUGAAUGAUUUUCAACAGCAGGAGAAGAUUUUUCAACAAGCUAGACUUAUCCAGAACCAGAGACUGAGAACAAUUAGACAAGUACAUGAACAAUUCUUAAAGAAUUUGGAAGACUUGGAGAAGAGAAGUGAUGCUAUGCUUACUGGGACACAAAGUGAACUUAAAGAGGACAUUAAUAAGCUGCGGAGAAAAAUUAUGAGAGAAUCUCAUCAGGAGAUGAUGAGUGCUCGUCAGUCUUUCCAGUCCACUCUCUUUUGAUGGGAAGAAUAUUUGAAGAAGGAACUUAAACUGAAGCAAUACAGUUCAAAUGCCAGCUAUGAGCCAUGCUUUAUGACAAGUAUUAGUAUAAAUGAUAAGAUCUUUAGUCAUUAGUUGUUUCCUUCAUCCUUUAUUUAGAAUAAAAUCCAGUUAUGUUAAUAUCAACUAUCCCUGUAUGUCAAGGAUUUCUUUAUGACACUGUUGAAGUUUUAUCAAUAAAAAUGAUUAAAGUUUGGAUAUUG